CAUGGGGGCAGGGAAUGGGUGCUGUGUGGUGCUGAGCCCCUGUGCGCUGCCCCACACCAAAGUGCUUUACCUCGAAUAAAGCUGGGUGGAGUGUGUGUGGGCUGUGGGCUCAUUCUGGGGGAGGCACCCCUGCUCCCACGUGUGGCCUCCCGUGGCGGGGGGGGGAAGCAAUGGUGGAGGUAGGUGUGGGGCACGGGGAAGGGGAUGCCGUGUGUGGGAGCUUCCCGCGGUGGGGACAGCCCCGACUGGGCCACCCACGUGGAGGCGGCCGUGAGCCCGCCCCGCGCUCCACCUCCCCCUCCCACGCGUGGGCACAGCCCCUGGGACACGGCCCCGCCCCGCGCAGCGCGAUCCGCGGGCACGGCAGGAUCCGGCCCGGGGGUGGGUACAGCGCUGCCGGGGCCCGAGGCACCCCUGUCUCGCGUGGGUCCCGCCGCUGUGCCCUGGCAGCCGCUCCCUGCGCUGCCCCGUCCUUGGGGUGCCCCUGGGCACGGCCCUUCGCGGCACGACCACCUUCCAGCUGGCACCCCUCGGCUGCUGCGCCUGGUCCCCGACCGUGCGCUCCGUCCCGCGGCUGCUGUCCCACGCGCAACUCAAGGACCCAUCCUGCUUCUGACAGCACCAUGGCAUCGAGGUGGUCCUACUGGGUCCUCCUGCUGCUCCUGCCUGCUGUGGUCCAUGCCAGGGGGCCUGGCCCCAUCUUUGGCAACCGACCCUUUGUCACCGUCUGGAACAUCCCCAGCGAGCACUGUGCCCAGUGGUACGGUGUCUCCCUCAGCCUGGAGGUCUUCGACAUUGUGGCCAAUAGCCAUGAGUCCUUCAAGGGGCAAGACAUCACCCUCUUCUAUCUGCAGCAGCUGGGGCUUGUCCCCUACUACACAUCGCAGGGGGUGCCAGUGAACGGAGGGCUCCCCCAAAAUGCCAGCCUGACAGCCCACCUCCAGCAGGCCACCAAGGAUAUCAAGGUCACCCUGAGCAGCCCUGACUACAGUGGGCUGGCCGUCAUCGACUGGGAGAGCUGGCGCCCGGUGUGGGCCCGCAACUGGGCCUCCAUGAGCAUCUACUGGGAGAAAUCGAAGGAGCUGGUGCGGCAGCAGCACCCCGAGUGGCCCAGCCAGCGGGUGGAGGAGGUGGCCAAGCAGCAGUUUGAGCAGGGUGCCCGUGACUUCAUGCAACAGACCCUGGAGCUGGGUCAGACCCUCCAGCCCGACGGCUACUGGGGUUUCUACGGCUUCCCUGACUGCUACAAUGAUGACUUCAGCCAGCUGCCCUACACCGGGCUGUGCCCCGAAGUGGAGAAGCAGAGGAACAAGGAGCUGGGGUGGCUCUGGAAUAGUAGCCGGGCACUCUACCCCAGCAUCUACGUACCCCCCCUCUUGAAUGGCACCGACAAGGUGCUCCCCUACGUGCGCUACCGCGUGGCCGAGGCUUUUGCCGUCCAGCACAGCGUCCUCAGAGAUGAAAUCCCCGUCCUCCCCUACUCCCGCAUCUCCUUUGAUUUCAACGUUGACUUCUUCUCCCAGGAAGACCUGAUAAACACCAUCGGGGAGAGUGCAGCUCAGGGUGCUGCUGGCAUCAUCUUCUGGGGCAGCUUGGAGUAUGCCAGCUCAAAGGAGAUGUGCCUGAAGCUGAAGGACUACCUGGAAGGGCCGCUGGGUCACUAUAUCGUCAACGUGACAGCCAGUGCAGACCUGUGCAGCUGGAGCCUGUGCUCCGGCCGGGGCCGCUGCGUGCGCCGGGACAACCAGGAGGCCUUCCUCCACCUCCACCCCUCCCGCUUCGCCAUCGACCUGCGGGCUGGCAAGCCCUGGGUGGUGACCCAGAGCCUCGAGUCUGCUGAUGACGUCUCCCAGCUGGCUGAGGAGUUCAGAUGCCAGUGCUAUGACACAUGGCAGGGACCCCGCUGUGACACCAAAGGCUCUGCCAAGUGACCUCCCCUCUCUCAUGCCAUGGACACCGGAGGGGGCAGGGUGACAACACUCAACUGCUAAUAAAACCCAUAAGCAAGCAUC